CAUAAACUCCCAUGGAGAGCAACACCCGGACGGCUUGGAGCGCGGCGGCAGAGAAACUCGCUUCCGCCGAUUUCCUACUGAUCGCCACAGGGGCAGGCUUUUCCGCCGACUCGUCUCUUCCAGUAUACGCAGACAUCGCCAAAGUCGACGCCUACGACAAGCUGGACAUGGAAUACCAGGAUUUGUGCGACCCGUAUAUGCUGGAGCAGGACGAGGAGCUUUUCUACGGCUUCUGGGGUAGCUGCACUAAUUCCUACCGGAGCACCAAGCACCACCCGGGAUACCAGAUAAUACUCAAAUGGAGAGAAGCCCUUCGGGUCAAAGCCAAUUCCAACGGUAUACACGGAACGAAAUCACGUUUCCGAGCUGCAUUUGACCGACUUAAACAGUGCCAAGCUCUUCCAGCGGGGGUGACGAAGGAUUGCGUGACAAACGACCCAUUCUUCGUCUACACUUCAAAUGUUGAUUCGCACUUCAAGCGCGACUUUGAUCGUACAGAAGUGUAUGAGCUGCAUGGCAACGUCGAGAUGUGGCAGUGUGCGGGUGACGUUGAGACUGGCGCGAGAGAACCGUGUGAGAAGAUCUGGAAACUGCCUGCAGAUUUCCGGUUUGAUGUGGAUGAGACGACGAUGAAAGCACCUGGAGCUGAAGCCACGACAUGCCCAGAGUGUGGAGGCAAAGGACGGCCGAAUGUACUCAUGUUCCACGACAGACAGUGGAUCGCGAACACAUCGGACGAGAAUGGGUAUAUCGCCUGGGAAUCGGUGAUGGAACUAAUGCUGCAGGAAGACCCAACGCUCAACCUGGUGGUACUUGAAAUCGGCUGUGGGACUCGGGUUCCUUCUGUCCGAAGAGAGACCGAAAUGGUUGUUGCCGAUGUGAUUGAGGGCUGCGGUCGUCCGCAGGCGACACUGAUCCGAGUCAACCUUGAGAUUCCUACUUGCGACAACCCACUUAUUGUCGUAAACAACGGCUUCCUUCCGAUUCAGUCCAAGGGCUUGGAGGCUUUAGAAGCUAUCGACCAUGAGCUCACUGUCAUCACUCUUCGGGAUAAAGACUAAGCGGCAGGUGGUGCGCGAAGUAGAGCUAGAUGGCUUCGAUGCGUUUAUAUAGCUACAGGGUUAUUGGCACCGACGUUGAACUCGAACUCCUGGAAUUUCUCCUGAUCUUCAGCUGAUAUUCGCUCUCCAAGGGAGUUUAAACUGAGGACGUCAUCAAAGUCUUGGGCAGCUGUAUCGCAGGUGGUUUUUUUUUCAUCUACCACCGGGACAAAGGGUGGCGAGAGAGUGCUAGAUAACAGUCCCACUCAAGGUUCGUGACCAUUCAUGCGUCUUAAGCUCAAUAAUGCUGCCGGAGCC